CCCCAGGGCAAUCAGGACGCCACGGCUCCGCCUGAAGCGAUGGCCCAGCCCUACCCCCCGGCCCAGUACCCCCCUCCACCACAGAACGGCAUCCCCGCCGAGUACGCCCCGCCGCCACCGCACCCCACGCCGGACUACUCAGGCCAGAACCCGGUCCCCCCAGAGCACGGCAUGACCCUGUAUACACCAGCACAGACCCACCCGGAGCAGCCAGGCAGUGAGACCAGCACACAGCCCAUGGCAGGGGCCCAGACACAGACAGACGACGCGGCACAGACGGACAGCCAGCCGCUCAAUCCCUCCGACCCCACAGAGAAGCAGCAGCCCAAGCGGCUACACGUCUCCAACAUCCCCUUCCGGUUCAGGGACCCCGACCUGCGGCAAAUGUUCGGGCAAUUCGGAAAAAUUUUAGACGUGGAGAUCAUUUUUAACGAGCGGGGCUCCAAGGGUUUUGGGUUUGUAACUUUUGAAACUAGCUCAGAUGCUGACCGAGCCCGGGAGAAGCUGAAUGGGACGAUCGUAGAGGGCCGGAAAAUUGAGGUCAAUAACGCCACGGCCCGAGUCAUGACCAACAAGAAGACUGCCAACCCCUAUAGCAACGGCUGGAAGCUAAACCCGGUGGUAGGGGCAGUCUACGGACCUGAGUUCUAUGCGGGUAAAGGCUGGAGCUGCCCCAGCCCUCCUGACUCCCCUCCUUCCCUUAGCCUUCCCUCUCACACUGUCUCCUCUCCGACGCCCUUUCCUGCAGUGACGGGGUUCCCCUACCCCACAACCGGCACAGCUGUUGCCUACAGGGGCGCGCACCUACGGGGCCGGGGCCGGGCUGUGUACAAUACGUUUCGGGCUGCGCCGCCCCCGCCCCCCAUCCCGACUUACGGAGCGGUCGUGUAUCAGGAUGGCUUUUAUGGUGCUGAGAUCCUGCAGGGAGGCUAUGCUGCCUACAGAUACGCUCAGCCCGCAGCAGCCGCAGCCGCCUACAGCGACAGUUAUGGCAGAGUCUACGCGGCUGCUGACCCCUACCAUCACACCAUCGGCCCCGCGGCGACCUACAGCAUUGGAACCAUGGCUAGCCUCUGCCGAGGAGGGUACAGCCGCUUCACCCCCUACUAG